AUGGCCUCCAUCUUCCCCCUCCCCUCCCCCUCCCUCUCUCAACGUCCAAUCAUGCAGAGAGAAGCUCCCUCUCAGUCUUCACCUAGUAUUGGCGGCCAAGACGGCCACCCUUCUCCCAGAAGCGGACAACCCCACAGCUCGAGAGACGCGCGCAAUUCCCCGCCACCUGCUUUGAGAUCACGCAACGUGAUGACCCCGACUUACCGUAGGCGUCAGUUGCGCAGAUCCAACUCUUUCUCUUCAGACGACGUCCCCGACGAACCGUACCGGCGACCACGACCAAGACCACGAUCACCCCCCACCGACCUGGACCGUUAUGGCGAUUUGGAAUGUCAUGGUGGUCACAGAAUCCACUUGAACCAACCGAAACAACACAUUUCAGCCGACGGGUCCACCCAAGAGGGACACUUUUCAGAAUCUGGGGAUAGCGUGUACUAUGGUUGUCAGUUCAACGAAUACUCUGCCGGUAUUCACAGUACGCAAGUCGUCACUCGUGAACGAGGACCGAAUGGGUCCAUGAUUGCCAAAGAGCCGCAAUGGCAGGACAAACUUCCCGCCACAAACACUCAGUCCUUCUCUUUCCUUUCCAUCGCGGCGAUGGCGUCUGCGUUGGGAGGAAUUGCUAUUUACAUCGCGUUCCAAGCGCUAUUCGGCCCUUCUGCCUGCAGCUGCGUCGUGAACGUCGCGACUUAG